AUGGCCACCGGCUCGUCAGGCGACAUCCGAAGAGGAUUCGCCAAGUUCAGUGGUGACCCAGGCGACUACGUCGGCUGGCGAACCCUGCAGACCUCCUUGUUUAUGGAGGACAAGCUGCACAAGGUUCUGUUGGGAGUGGAGAAAGCCCCUUCGGAUCCCGGACCUAGUGCUACGCCGGACCAGAAUUCGGCAUACCAAUCUGCCCUGGAAGGAUACCAGGACAAAAACGGACAGAUCUUUACACGGCUGAUGCUCGCCACAUCUGAAACCGGGGGCUACCAGAGCGCGGCCUCGCAGACUGUGCAGGCAUACGCGCCUAUCGGGUCUUCCUACAACGGAGACGGUCGUGGAUCCUUCCUCGCCCUGGAACGAAAGUACCAGGCAGGUGGGGUAUACCGUACGCAGGAGCUGCACGAGAAGUUCAAAUCUUUGGCAGUUACUGCGGACCACGACUUUGACCCGGCCAAUGUUAUUCAAGACAUGCGCCGGAUCUGCACGGAGCUCGCCGUGUAUAACGACACUGUGGCUGACAACCGAAAGACGUUCGCUUUCCUAAAAGACUGCCGGACGACUACCACAAAGAGUUCAAGACAGGACUACUGUGCGGCCAAGCUGUUGGGAGCGUCUUGUCCUUCGAGGAGGUCGCCGACCGAGNUGUCUUUCGAGGAGGUCGCCGACCGAGCCACUUCGUUCCACGCGAUGAACAUUCGUGCAACGACCUCUGGCGACGGAGCUGGUGCGUCUUCCGACAACCGGUCCUCUGGACGGUCGAACCACACGCAGCAAAAACGCGGGUACGACAGGGACGGCCUAUGCAGUUACUGUCACAAUUCUGCGGAACACACCUGGACGAACUGCCCGCUUCGCGCCUCCAAUGCCACGUGGCUUUCGAGCCGUGAACAACAGCGACCGCAGCAGCAGGUCAACACGACCGCGGAAGCCACGACACAGGCGUGGCUCACGCACGCACGCGAGGUAGACCUCACGCUGGAAUCAUUCGACAUCGCCAUAGGCGAUCCCGAGCAGGUGCCGUUUGCGCCUGCUGCAUCGACCCCUGAGGAGGCGUCCGAUGCCAAUGUCGGGCAGGUGCUGGCUGCGCCUGCCACAGCUUCGCUACAAUUGUUUGAGCGUGCUGUCCCAUUGCAGGUGCCGAUUGCGCCUGCCACAGCAGAGGAAACCGAGGUGCCUGCUGCCUCCUACGAGCAGAAAAAGGACCCGCCUGCCGCGAUACAGCAUGAGGAGCUGGUCGCGUACACCAACGUUUUUCGUGCAGUGGACAAGACAGCGCCCGCCGAGAAUACGAGGGUGUUCAUCGACACCGCCGCUUCGGGACACAUGGUAAGCGGUGAGAGCCAAGUCUCACAACAUGUAGUCGACUUGGUUGACUGCGACGUCCGCAUCAAGGGUUCGUGCGGCACCUCCAGCGCCACCAAGAAAGCGCAAGGAUUUCACGAAGCUGACACCGAAACCGACAGUGAUGCACCGGUAGCGUCUCUCCAAGCCGUCCAUCUGAUAGUUGCGCAUGCUGCCAAGAAUGGACUUAUUCUUCGCCAAGCCGACAUCAGGACGGCGUUCCUCCACGCGAGGAUGGAACCGGGAUCGAAACCAGUGUACGUCAUUCCCCCGGAAGGAUUCUCGUGCGACAGCGAGAGAGCCAGGCAAGUCUGGAAGCUCAGAGCGUGUAUUCACGGGUUGCGUUUUCCCCCAAAAGGCUGGUGGGGCACUUUGCACGAUUUUCUCCUGAAGAUCGGAUUUGUUGAGAGCACCGCUGAACCGUGCUUGUACAUCCUGGACGACGGAGAUGUGCUCCUUCUCGUUGAUUUGAAUGACAUUCUGCUGACCGGGAAGGGCGAGAACAAAGUGCUGAGCAUAGUAGAUCAGCUGAAUGAGCGUUUCGAAACGGUGGACCUGGGAGGAGCCAGGUUCCUGCUCGGUAUGGGAAUCAACCGAGACAGAGCCGCAGGGACAAUUCUUUUGGAACAGGAAGCGUAUACCAAUGCAGUGUUGGACAAGUUCGGCAUGGCCGACGCGCGUCCGCCGACAUCUCCGUCUGAGGCUGGACCGGUGUCCGUCUUGGAGGACGAGGUGUUGUCAGCGGAGGAUACCACAUAUUUCCGCUCCGCCACAGGCUCGCUUUUAUAUCUCAGCAGGUGCACAAGGCCCGACAUUACUCACUCCGUGAUGGUUCUGACGCGGAGUAUGGCGAAACCAGGUCCGAGGGCGAUGCAGAAACUCAAACGCGUACUCAGGUACCUGAAAGGGGCGAUAUCAAUCGGUGUACGCUACGGCGAGGAUGCCGAAGAUGGAAACGUCAUUACGGCGUUUGUCGACUCAGAUUUUGCGGGCGACCUAGACAAGGGCUACUCCACCACGGGAGUCGUCCUGUACUUCGCUGGUGAACCGGUGGAAUGGACAUCAUCCAAGCAAACGGUGGUGGUGACCUCUUCCGUUGAAGCAGAGUUCGUGGCUUUGUCGAAGGGGUCCAGCAUCAUCAAGUACUUCCGCCACCUGCUGGACACCAUAAAUCAGACUCAGGAAGAAGCUUCGCUGGUAGCUGAUGGAGUCGUAGACGUGAAGCAAAUAUCGACGUCGCUUCAGAAAGUGGAUAUUUUUACAAAAGGGCUAAACCCGUCGGAGUUUCUCCGCGCCCGUGGCAUGCUGUUAGGAGUUUGAUCACCUCCCCUCUUCGUAAUCAGACUUUACGUCUUGAGGGUUGGAUGGUGUAUGUGUGUACCAUAUGUUUAAAGAAUGUUCGGGAGAUUUGUGUUGGAGGAAAACAUUCGCUGCUAAUCCAACGCAGCUGAGAAAGGCAGAACAACUGAUAAUGAGUCAGAAGAUAACAACAUUGUUUCGAGAGGACAUGGAUAUUGUUUCGAGAGGACAGUGAGAGAGAAUUGGUUCUGAUGCAUUGGUACUAGAAUGACGAAGUUCUUGAGAGGACAUGUUGGAGUAAUUGCAGUACAAGAACGACUCUAUUCUUCUGCAUGGGUUUAUGCAGUAUUGUGAAGGCGUUGCCAAGUCUGUAACCGUCACGUGAAGACAGCUUGGGCGUCUGUGUGGAUAAUAAUAUCACUCUGUGUGUUUGCCUACCUAACCCCGCAUCACAUGCCAGCUAAUUCGUAGCCACAGCUGAAGGAAUAGCUGUACAGCGACUGCAGUGACAGUUCUGUUGCGUCAACAGUAACCAAGCGGGAUGGAACGUCCGGUCCUCACCUGUCUCCGUUGUACAGGGCAUCGAAGUGCUUGACGAGCGCAGAGCCACCGGGAAAAAUCUCAGUUGGCCAUUCAGAGCCACGAUGAAGCCCGUGUAGGUGAACGCGUUGUGGCCACAGAAAGUGACCUCGUCCAGUAGCUUAAUGUCGGUCACGCUGUCCCUUCCCGUGCUGAUAUUGCGUGGAAAAACGAACGCAACAAAACGAAUUGUUUACAUAUCAGCACUGUCAAAGCGGGAAGAUGUCGGCAACUCUUGUACUUCUGUGUUUAAAAGGUUCCUCGAGAAACAGCUAGCCGGUGAAAUGAUCCCCGUGAAUCAAAGGUGGUAUUGUAGCGGGCGAAGCGGAUGGAGUAGAACUCGCAUCCCUCUGAAUGCGCUGCAUGAUCUUCCUUCUCAUCUUCCGGCGUUACAAUCCGACAAGAUAACGUGUGGCGGUCGUCCAAGUCACGAGUAGCCAAAAUGUACAUGUAUUUGGAAAAGAGGGUUUCGUCCUCGACAGACGUUGGGGAGUUUCAACCUUUAUGAAGGUGAUCUCCACAUUACCCCCCCCUUUUUCGAGGCUUCUUCUUGUUUGCUAGGCAAGAGAAGUCUUCUUGGGGUAACCGGAACCCGACCGGCUGGCGGCGAGUAGAACCAACAAUCUUCUGCGCAACCAACAAUCUUCUGCGCGUGUGUGCGGGUGCGCCACUUCCGCCACGCAUUGCCAGAAGUUUCGAGUUCGAUAGACAGUGCAUCGUUUCUUGGCCCACCCACCGUUUUUCUUUUUUUCCCGUACUCCGGCAGAAAAUUGGGUGAGCAGUGGGUUUUGAACCCGUGUCUUUUGCGACCAAAGCAGACACGCUCCCAUCUCUUCGUCGACGCCAUUGUGGAAAAGAGGGUUU